AUGAUUUUUGCCAUUGAAGAGAUAAACAAGAAUGAGAAUCUCCUCCCAGGGAUCACACUCGGGUAUCAGAUCCACGAUGACUGUUCGAACCCCACGAUCGCCUCGAAGGCAGCGCUCGCUUUGAUCAACGGAGAAGAUGAAUCAAUUGAAUUCCCUCAAUGUCGAGGUUCCUCCAACGUCGCUGCCAUUGUUGGCUGCGAAAUUUCUACAAAUUCCAUCGUAACCGCCAGGACAAUCGGUUCCUUCGGGAUUCCGCUGGUUAGUUACUACUCCACCUGCUCCUGUCUCGGCGAUAAGACAGAAUACCCCACGUUUUUUAGAACUAUCCCCAGUGACGAGUACCAGUCCAAACUCAUUGCUGAACUGGUGAGAAUCUUCGGCUGGACUUGGAUUGGAACUAUUAGAAGUAACACCGACUACGGUAAUUCCGGAAUGCAAGGAUUUGUGGAACAUGUGGAAAAGUUUGGAGUUUGCAUUGCCUACUCCGAGUCAUUUUACAGGACAGACCCGCCGGAAAAAAUCAGCAGAAUUGUCCAGGUGAUUAAACAGGCGUCUACUAAAGUGGUAGUGGCCUUUGUUAACGUUGGUGAUAUGCGAAUUUUAUUGAAUGAAAUUUUGCGUCAAAAUGUCACCGGUAUACAGUGGAUUGGAAGUGAGGCGUGGGUAACAGCAGAUCUUCUCCUCCCAGAAGAAAGAGUAAUUUAUCUCGCAGGUACAAUCGGUCCAACCACCCGCAGGACAGAGAUAGAUGAUCUCAGAGAUUAUCUUCGUAAAGUCCAUCCUUCUAAGUUUCCUGGGAAUAUUUUGGUGACGGAGUUUUGGGAAAAUUUAUUCACCUGCUCUUUUGCCACAGACAAUGGGACAAGCCCGGGGAAUUCCACGGGUCAAGUUCGGCAAUGCACAGGGAAGGAGCAGAUAGAAGGGAUAGAAAAUGCCUACAUUCCCGAAAUAAUGGACGGGAGCUCAUACCACGUGUAUACUGCGGUCUACUCCAUCGCUCACGCACUCCACAAUCUGUUAACCUGUGCAGAAGGCGACGGACCCUUUGCGAAGAACACCUGCGCGCAUAUAGCAAAUUUCGAGCCGUGGCAGUUACUGCACUACCUCCGCACGGUGAAUUUCACUUCGAAGACUGGAGAAGCCGUAUAUUUCGAUGAAAAUGGAGACCCAGUGCCAAGAUAUGAAUUUGUGAACUUACAAAGGAAUUUCAAGGGAAGUGUCGACAUCGUAUAUGUCGGAUAUUAUGAUGGCUCGGCUCCGCCAGGGAGCAAACUAAUGAUGAAUGUCGGAGAUAUCAUGUGGAUUCAACGUUCAUUGGACAUCCCGCGAGCAAUUUGCUCAGAGCCCUGUCUUCCGGGAGCAAGAAAAGUCAGCCGGAAAGGGCAGCCGAUAUGUUGUUUUGACUGUGCAGAGUGCGCCGAUGGUGAGAUCAGCAACACCACUGAUUCCACGGAUUGUAUCAAGUGUCCAUCGGAAUACUGGUCCAAUGAGGCAAAAACUCAAUGUGUCCUGAAGAAGGUGGAGUUCCUUUCCUUUGGAGAAGUCCUAGGGGUUGUAUUAGUGACGCUUUCUCUAGUGGGAGUGAUGUUUACUUUGGCCACCGCCGCCAUUUUCUACCGACACCGAGAAACGCCCAUAGUCAAAGCGAACAACUCCGAACUCAGCUUCCUGCUUCUCUUCGCCCUCCUGCUUUGCUUCAUUUGCUCGCUCGCCUUCAUUGGAGAACCAUCCGGCUGGUCUUGCAUGUUGCGCCGCACAGCUUUCGGAGUAGUGUUCGUUCUCUGCAUUUCAUGCAUUUUGAGCAAAACCAUCCUUGUCGUGGUUGCCUUUAAAGCAACUCUUCCCAACAGCAAUGUGAUGAACUGGUUCGGACCCGGGCAGCAACGCUUGGGCGUCUGCAUCCUUACUUUUCUGCAAGGUUUAGUUUGUGUUGUCUGGCUAAGCGUGUCACCCCCUUAUCCCCUGAAAAAUAUGAAACAUUACAGAGACAUCAUUAUUCUGGAAUGUGAUGUUGGCUCAUUGAUCGGCUUUUACGUAGUCUCUGUCUAUGUUGCGCUGUUGUCCAUGGUGUGUUUAGUGCUUGCAUUCCUUGCCCGGAAACUUCCGGACAGCUUCAACGAUGCUAAGUACAUCACUUUCAGUAUGCUGAUCUUUUGCGCUGUUUGGAUAACUUUUAUUCCUGCUUAUGUGAGCUCUCCAGGAAAGUACACAGUGGCUGUAGAAGUGUUCGCUAUCUGGGCAUCGAGCUUCGGUCUGCUCGUCUGUAUUUUUGGACCGAAAUGUUACAUUAUCAUACUGAAACCGGAUAGUAAUACAAAGAAACAUAUGAUGGCGAAAGGGACUUCUCUGUAG